AAAGCAAUCCUACUGACCGGACCACUCAUCAGUACACGAGCGACAGCAGCUUGACACAGUUGGUAAGCAACGAAGAAACCGUGACAGUUUAGUGCGCAGUAACACAAUGGCUUUGGAGCGUCAAGUUCGUGCUAAGAUCGCUGGCAAGCGUGACCUGGAGAAGGAUAAGGAAGCUCAGUACUGGAUCGAGGAGGUGCUCGGUGAAAAGUUCCCGGCCGGUGUACUGUACGAGGAUGCCCUCCGUGAUGGACUGAUCCUGUGCAAGCUGAUCAACAAGCUGGAACCGGGCGCAGUGGCAAAGAUCAACACAUCGGGCGGACAGUUCAAGAUGAUGGAAAACAUCAAUCUGUUCCAGCAGGCGAUCAAGAAGUACGGCGUGCCCGAUCUGGACGUGUUCCAAACGGUAGACUUGUACGAGAAGAAGGACAUAGCGCAGGUUACCAGCACAGUCUUUGCUCUGGGACGAGCGUGCUACAAACAUCCCGAGUUCCAGGGCCCCUUCUUGGGACCAAAACCGGCGGACGAGUGCAAGCGUAACUUCACCGACGAACAGCUGAACGCGGGGCAGGCCAUCAUCGGGUUGCAGGCGGGCACGAACAAGGGUGCGACCCAGGCUGGUCAGAACAUUGGCGCCGGUCGUAAAAUUAUUCUCGGCAAGUAAGCGAACGAGGUGUUCGAGCACCGGUCCGGAAAUGUGUACAAACGCCAUCCACCAUCACAUAUAUAUGCACACACACACACGUAUACACACCAGCACACGAAGUAUCUCCCGCGACCUACAUAAAAUGUCCUUCCCUAACUCCUUUAACUCCUAUACCUCUUACCGAGCGAUCGUUACAAAACAUCCACAUUAGCGAGUGUGUAAGAUAAUAGUAGCAGGGCGUAGAUGAGAAGUUUUGAAAGAGAAAGAGAGAGAGAGAGAACAGGUAGUAGACGCGUGCGGGAGAAAUUCCGGAGACUUCAGGAGGUCUCCAGAAUCGACUGCUCAGAGAACUGGUAUUAUUGAUACGGCGUACGGCUUUAUACACCUUGAGUUUAUAUUGUUCUGCUUCCACUUUCAAAUCUCAUCCCCAAAUGAUGAGACAAAGCGGAAAAGAAUCGGUUUGUUGUGUAAGAGAGAAAAAUUCGUUGAUAAUUUAUCUGUAAUAAAAUUAAUACUAUUUCGUAAAAAAAAUAUAUGAAA